AGAAAAGGGAGCGGAGCUGCUGCGGUUUCAGUGCUGCGCUGAAGCCCCGGAUCACGGGCAGCUUUUCCACCGCUCACCUGUGCUAGAAAACCGAAAUGAGAUCUCAGGUGUGUUUCUGCUAAGCGCUAGGGACGUCUGAAGGUAGUGGGGGAUAGAUUCGUGGCGGAAAUAAUUGGAUUUAAAAAAAAAAGGAAGCCAUAUUUCUGCGUCCGCGCUACCGAUCCGGUUUCUCCUCCAUGCUGAAGUCGGCGAGCUGUGGUAUGGCGGCUUGCGCCCCCGGGAGUCGCUUUAACGGCGGAUACACCAGCAGCAGCAGCAGCACCAGCAGCAGCACCGCCGCGCCCGCGCCGCCUCCGGCUCCUGCGCACAAGGCCAAGCAGAAAGGCUUCUGCCUGGUCAGGAUGAUGAAUCUGAACGGGAAAAAGGAGAACGCAGAUCCGCGGAAACAGCAGCACCAGCACGGCACCGUGCCCUUCAUCAUUCACUGCCACAUCGGUAAAGAAAUCAAGCACAUUUGCGGCAACUGCAGCCGCGCCACCGACGCGCAAGACGCGGAGGAGGUGGAGCGGCUGGCUGCCAUGCGUACAGAGUCACUCGUGUCCGGGACGCACACGCCACCGAUUCGCCACAGGAGCAAGUUCGCCACGCUCGGCCGACUUUUCAAGCCCUGGAAGUGGAGGAAGAAGAAGAGCGAGAAGUUCAAGCAGACCUCAGCAGCUCUGGAGAGGGAGAUGUCGGCGAGACAGAGCCGGGAGGAGCUGAUCAAACGAGGAGUGCUGAAGGAGAUCUUUGAGAAAGACUCGAGGAUGGCUGUAGUGAAGCAGGAGGUGAGGCUGGAAAACGGCCUGUGUGCGACGCCCAACCCUUUAGAGAGCAGCCGAGCGACAGAGCUGCUCCUGCAGGGACUGACAGACGGCCACGGAGCGGCUCCUAUUGAAUUCCGGGCCUCCAUGGAAGGCAGCGUUUGUCCUCAGGACCCCUCCCUGAAGUCGUCCCUGGUUCUGCCUGCUAAGAAAUCAGUGGUUUUUCCAGGUGAGGUUCAGGAGAACCCUGCGAAAGCCGUGCUCUUCCACAAGCAGCCGCCCGCUCUGCCACCGAAGCCUUUUACCCGGCAGCUGAACCACAGCAUAGAGCCAUGUCAGACCCUGAAGCUGCCCUGCGUUCAGGGGAAACACUCUCCUCCUCUUCCUCCUAAGAAAGUGAUGAUCUGCGUGCCAUCCGGAGGCCUGGAGCUGCCCGUCUCCUCCCCGAGCCCUCUCGCCACCUACCCCGGGAAGUGCACUCCCAUAAUGCACCACGGCAGCCUGGGGGGGCAUCACGGACACCCGCACCAGCUGCAGUACGGCAGCGUGCCCAGCCGCAUCAUCGAGGAGCUCAACAAGACGCUGGCGCUGUCCAUGCAGAGGCUCGAGAGGUCCGUCUGGGGCUCAUGCAGUUCUGCAUUGCAUUCUGGGCAGUGUGGUCUUUUGGAGAGCAGGCCGGUACCCACGGUGGUGAUCGACUGUGAGGACGAUAAGGAGAACAUGCCCAGUGAGUCAGACUACGAGGACUUGCCCAGCAUGUACAAGGACGACCUGGAGGAAGAAGACGAGGAGGACGAUGAAGAGGACGACGACUCGCUAUUCACAAAUACUUUAGCCCUGAAGGUGUUGAGGAAAGACUCGCUGGCUAUAAAGCUGAGUAACAGGCCAUCUAAAAGGGAGCUGGAGGAGAAGAACAUCCUGCCCAUGCAGACGGACGAGGAGAGGCUCGAGUCCAGACAGCAGAUCGGCUCCAAACUCACACGGAGACUGAGCCAAAGACCCACAGCAGAGGAACUGGAGCAGCGAAACAUCUUGAAACCACGGAAUGAACAGGAGGAGCUGGAGGAGAAGAGGGAAAUCAAACGGAGACUUACGCGCAAGCUCAGCCAAAGGCCCACGGUGGAGGAACUGCGGCAGGCCAAGAUCCUGAUCCGCUUCAGCGAUUAUGUAGAAGUAGCCGACGCUCAGGACUACGACCGGCGGGCUGAUAAACCCUGGACACGCCUCACUGCUGCAGACAAGGCUGCCAUACGGAAGGAGCUCAACGAUUACAAGAGCACGGAGAUGGAAGUGCAUGAAUCCAGUCGCCAUUUAACCAGGUUUCACAGGCCGUAGACGAGCGCGUAGACGAGCGCGUGGACGGGACCGGAGUGCUCGUGCUGCACCUCGUUCACUCCGAACCACAAGUGCUCGUCAAAUCGAUGGUGCACGAAAUCACACUAAAAGCCAAGUCCUUGAGAGGGAGGGGGCAAAAAUGUAUGCCUUUUACAAAACCCAGGACGUCGCCCCAAAACCUCACCAGCCUGAAAUUUUGCUGUAAGGAAAAAAAAACACACCGUGGUAGGAAAACGUGCGUGUUUUUGCCAUGAACAAGCCUGGAAACGGCUUUUCAUGCGUUGACACGUCUACUUCUUUUCUGAUUCACGUUUUUUUUGUUGUUUUUUCAUCCACACACUCCACUCGCUGUUCAUGUUUUCUCCCGGAUGGUCAGAAGAUGGCGCUGGAACCACACCGGCUCAGAUGGAAUGAUUUCAUGUGCAAUAUGUGAAUACGUGUUCUGAUCAUCGUUUCUCCGGCACCCUCUGCUGGCCAGCACCAUUCUACACACACACACAUACACACACACACACACACACACACACACACACACACACACACGCUCGCUCGCUCGCUCUCACACUGUACAGACUCUAUGGACCUCUGCAGCAAACUGUGAGCGGCGGAGCUCAGACGGCGCUUUGUGCUCUCGCCUCGUGUACAUGAUGUUUAUACCGGAUUAUUGAGUAGAAUAUUUUAAACGUGUAAAAUGCAUUAUUAUACAAAUAAGGAAUGGAAACCUUUAUUUAAAUAAGGAAGGGCUUGCUUGAGGGUUGGAGGAUGCAGAUAUGUAUAUGAUUAUAUAUGAACAGUAUCCAUUUUGUUUUUGCUGUUUGUGCGUCUGUUUGUUUUUAAAUAAUUAUUUAUAAUAUUUUUAUUUAAUUAUAAGGCUGCCUUUUUUUUCUUUUUUCUGGUUUUUCGUUUUUUUUAUUAAUUUAAUUUUUUUUUUUUUCCUCGAAGGAAACUAGCUCAACCCAAAUCUCAGUUUGAAGCCCAGGGAUUUUUACUAAAUUAUUUAUUACUGUUACGUUUUUAUACGUGCAUUUUUUUUGUUUUUUUUUUGGCCAAUGGAAACACACACAUCUGCUUCUAGGAUUAUGGGAUUGUAGAGUCACGUACGUGCACUAGAUACGAAAUAUUAUCUCACAUUUAACCUGAUUUUACUUUCAUUUCUAAAGCUGAUCAGACUGAGCAAUAUUUUUUAAUGCCUGUGGGGAAAUGUCAUGAUACGCCUGUUCGAUAUCUGCAGUAAUCUUGUGUUUUUUUUUUUGUUUUUUUUUAAACAUCGCUGUAACUUGUAGAAUGGACUAAACCACUUUGAAGGCCAAUAUUCUAUGUGUUACUUUUUUAUCAUUUCUAUAACUUGGAACGUUUUAUCUGAAAUCUAAUGAUAGUAUAUGAUAGUUUUUGGGUUUUUUUCAGGAUGUUAAUUGCAGUCGUACAUAUAAAAUGCAUGAACACUGACGCGAAUGCCACAUUUCCAUCAAAUCCACACCAUCAGGUCAGGAAUAAUCAGAAACCGUCGUCUUUUCCCCCUUGAUCUAACACGGAUGUGAGUUUUGUAGAUUGCGUAGUCGUGACGCACGGGCGACUCGUCACUCCUCUCCAAACCUCUCUGAUUUACUCUUGAAAGGUGAAGCCAUGAAUUAUGUCCCAGUCUCUUUAGCAUAUUAUUAGCAUCACUUUAGCUACAUUAACCACGGACCCCAUUCAGGACCGUCGCAUUUCUACAGCAGCGACACGACAUGGUGAUUUAGUGAAUUACUGAGGGGUUUUUUUUGGUUUUUUCCCUUUUUUUUUUUUUUUUGAGAGAGAUUCCGUAUAUCCUCGUCAUCUUCAUCAUCACUGAUUGUCACGAGAAAAUGACUGCACUCAUGAUUUUCUACGAAUGUUUCUAUGAAAAUUGUAUAAAACUGAAAAAAGAGUCGUAUGUAGAGACAAAAAUGGCAGAAAAUUCAGCACGUAUAAUUUCACACGUUUAUACGCUUAUAAGGAACAUUGAUUUUUAACGGAAGGUCACUGCAGGUUAAACACAACAACCCUGAACUGGAUAUACAUAUAUAGUUGAGUGCAAAAGUUUGUGCACCCCCUCCCCCAUCCUAUUGGUUAAAAAUAUACAGGGGAAAAUUAUAUAUAUAUAUAUAUAUAUAUAUAAAAUCACUGCAUCUAUACUGAUGCCGCAGAAAGAACCCUCUAAGUUUCCUAAAGAAAUCCACUUAUUAACUUUAUCCAUUUUUGUUACAAAAAAAUAUGAUUUAAUCACGUGGAAGGUGUACACUUUUAGGAGAAAAGGUUCUGUCUACUGCCCUAAAGGGUUCGAUGGCUUGUCCAAAAGACAGGCAAGUGGAAAAAAUCUUGAAUACAGUCAUAUUUAUCUACUGUUUCCUAUUAGAAGAUUAUAAUAAACCAAAUAUGUGAUUAUUAAACCUAUUUCUAGACAUUUUACUAAUUUCAGGUGUGAAAGUCUUGUUCUUUUUGCAGUAGAAUAUCAUUUAAAGCUUGAAAUGUGUAAAAGCAUCUUGAAUCUUCUAUCUGAUUCAAUAAUUUAAUAAAUAAUAUUAGAUAAAUCUGCCCAUAUUCAAGAUAUUUUUCAUUUUGCAGUGUAGCCUACAGAAUAAUUUUGCCCCCGAGCUCGAGUUUUGCACGUUCUCCCUGCGUUCUUGUGGGUUUCCUCGAGGUUCUUCUGAACCGUGCAGGUAGGCAGAUACCCUGGCAUUCCAUCAAUUCUCCUACCUCGCUCCCAGCGUUCCCGGGAUUGGCUCCGGAUCCACACGACCCAGCGCGUACUAAAGAUGAGUGAAUAAGAUCCAAGUUGAACUCAUCCAGGAAGAUAAGAACUCUUAACUGUCCAAAGAACUCUGGAGGAAGCUAAAAAAGUUUCUCAUGUUAAAUUAAAAGCUCGCGUGCUUAGGGUGGGUUCCUCACGGGUUCCUUGGAAGCUUAAUGGUUCACUUUGGAGAAAGAGAAACCUUCUGUUGUAGGUUUAGGCUUCCUAGAACUUUGAAGGGACAAAGCAAACAGCUCUUGAGGGUGCUAGACGUUUUUAAAACAUUUUUUCAGAGUGAAAACUAUUUUUGAUUCUUUAGAUUUUUGUUUAUUGAUUCAUUAGAUUUAUUUACUGAUUAGUGAUACUCCUGAUGUUGAUGUUCAUGAUUUGAGCCACCAAAUUUCAGUCGAGCUGACAACCUAUCAGAUUCCUUCACAGUGCAAAGCAGUGUGUAACACGGCCCAUGACUGUGUUUGUACCAAAAAAAAAAAAAAAAUCCAAAUUUGGCCAUAAAAGUAAACAUCUUUUGUCACCUCGUCACAUUAAAACCCCCGAGUGGACCUGUUGGAAUGUGAAUUCAGCAAUAAAAGUGUUUUUUAUUUUGCUUUAUUCCCCCUUGUGUGUGUGUGUGUGUGUGUGUGUGUGUGUGUGUGUGUGUGAGUGUGUGUGAGAGAGAGAGAGAGAGAGAGAGAGAGAGAGAGAAAGAGAGAAAGAGAAAACUCUGGGAGACGUUUCCAGCUUCCAGUGUGCUAAAGACUGCUUUAUCUUCAUUAAAUAAAUCACG